UUCCAGUAUUAAGCUACGGUCUUACUGAAAAUUUGCAAACGCAAUAUUUUCUCCAAACAAUCAGCAAGAAAAGUGAAAAUUGAAAUUAAAGAAAAAUUAAUGGCACACAAGCGUCUGUUUAUCUACGCUGUGCUACUGGCGAUAUGUUAUUUGGUUGGCGUGACAUGGGCUGAAACUGCAUCACAAACAUUGCCAGGCGGCAGCAGCAACCAUAAUGCCAGUGCCCCAGUCGCAGCAACUGCAGGGCCCGCCCCCAAAGCGGGGAGCCCCACCCCAACAGCUGCUGCACUCCCGAAGGCCAACCCGCCUACGCCCGGCCAGAGUUCUUCCAAUUCCAGCACCACUGCAGCUCCGACGACAGAUUGUGUCUGCGCUGGAGCUCUGCUACCUCGCUUGGAUGCCAAUGGCAAGGAGCUGCCCAUAUGUGCAGAGUGCAAGUGCUCUCAUCUGGCAAGGAAUACGACUUUAAUAAAGGUCGUGGUCAUCAUUGUGAUUUGGAUCAUCUCCAUUUUAGUGAUAUACAUGCUCUUCCUGAUGUGCCUGGACCCGUUGCUGAAUAAGCGAGUAAAGGCCAACUAUCAGGAGCACACCAACGAAGAUGACGAGCCGACGCCACCACUGCCUUCCGCUAACAACCAGGAGCUAAGCGCCAGAGCUAAUGUCCUGAAUCGUGUCGGUCACCAGCAGGACAAGUGGAAGCGGCAGGUGCGCGAGCAGAGACGUCACAUCUACGACAGACACACUAUGCUAAACUAAAUGAUGAUUUAACUUUCCGGCGAAUGGGAAACGCAUGGGCGACUUAAGACACAUUUUCCAAGCAGCAAUCCACUAGUGAACUCAUAUUUUUGAACAAAAUGAAUGUAUGUUUAGCCACAAUUGUUUUAAAUAAAUCAUUUAUCCCAAAUA